AUCAGUUUCAUUCAUUUAUCUCUCUUGUUAUUUCGCAUUAAUGCGGUUUUUAACUUCGAGCCUAUUUAGCCACAGACUAUUGCCGCUUCAGCUUAGCCCCAUACACACGGCGCGAUCCCUCCGGUGGUACAACUCCGAUUCCUCGUUCAGCUCGCUACUCUUGGAGAAAAACCUCACCAACCGCUCCAAUACCAUUUCUGAUGUGUUCCGAUGCACAGUAUUUGCGGAAGACGGCUCGCUCACAUAUCACUCUAAAGACAUGAAAAAGUCGGAGCUCUUCACAAGGCACGGCUUGCUCCCCAGAGACUUGCGUAAUCUCGACAAGGAUGCCCGGGAUAUCGUGCCGCUGAUUCUUAUCCGGCCCAACUCGAUUCUAAUCACGCUUCUUAACAUCCGUGCGUUGAUCAAGUCUGACGAAGUCAUCUUGUUCAACGUCUACGGCACCACCGAUACCCACUCGCUGAACUUGUUCAUGAUGGACUUGGAGAGCAAGUUGAAGACGACGACGCAGGCGGCGGGGAUUCCGUACGAGAUCCGCGCGCUCGAGGCGAUUUUCAUCAACGCGGUAUCCAAUCUCGCAACGGAGAUCAAGGUCCACUCCACGUUGAUCAAGAACAUCUUGGGAGAUCUCGAGGAGGACAUUGACAAGACAAAGUUGCGGUAUUUGUUGAUCGAAUCAAAGAAGCUCACCGCUUUUUACCAAAAAGCCACCUUGAUCAGGGAUAUUAUUGAUGAGAUUCUAGAGCAGGAUGACGAAUUGAACGGAUUGUACCUCACCGCCAGGUCCCAGGGCACACCGCGAUGCGGAACCGAUCAUGCAGAAGUGGAAAUGCUCUUGGAGUCGUACUACAAGCACGUGGACGAGAUUGUCAGAGCCACUGAAACGAGCGUUGCUGAUGUAAAAACCACCGAAGAGAUCAUCAACAUCAUUCUCGACUCGAACCGCAAUCAGUUGAUGCUUUUGAGUCUUCGCUUCAGUAUCGGUUUGCUCAGUCUCGGAAUCGGUGUCUAUAUUUCCGCGUUGUACGGAAUGAACUUGGAGAACUUUAUCGAAGAGACUGACUACGGCAUGGGGGUGGUAGUGGUGGGGUCGUUUGUGUGCGUUGGUGGGUUAUUUGGGUUCAGUUUGUUCCGGUUAAAUAAGUUGCAGAGAGUGACGAUGAUGGGGAACUAAGAAAACCUGGGAGCACGUUCAUUCAAGUUUGUUCAACUUAAAGACCUUGUGCGGGGAACGCUUAUCCCGCCUCGAUUCUGCUUGUGGAGUAUGUUUUGUCCAAGCGCGUAGCUUGAAUUGUUGAGCAGGUUUAUCCAGUCCCUUGCUUUGCUUGCGGAGCAGGUUUCCCAAGAUUAACGGCAUUGGGAUCUCGGUGCAUCCACUAUUCAGCUCAGAAGUUGCCAUUAUGGCCCAGACGUCCAUCCUGAGAGCCACAGCGCGGCUAACAUUAGUUCUUGUAACCACCCUUGGAAUACCUAGAAAUACUAGUUUAGCCUUAAAUAAACGAUUGAAGUGA